AGGGACUCGAUCCAAUGCGGGAUCGAGUCUCUAGACAUAGUAAUUUUCCGGCCUGGAGUUAAACCAUCACGGGGUUGAAACAAAGAUGCGUUGGUUGCUCACUCUCAUCGUGUCACAGGCGUUUAUAAAAUGGAUCAAGACUUGGAUCGGCAAUGAAUUAUUCGAUAGAAUCCCCAAGGAGGAGAAGAUGCUCACUUCGCCGUUACUGGUGACAUUUCUGGGCGCCAUUACAUCAUUUACGGGAGAAGACGAGAUUCGGACCCCGCUGCCAGCCGAAUGCGGCGUUAUUGAUGAUUUUGCUCUUGACAUCAAACAGAGAGUCCUUACGAUUUCAGCGUGAGAGCUUAUUUUCCCCCUCCCAGGACUUUUCG